AAUGUUCUUGUCAAGAUCUAAUUUUUCUUUUCCCUUUACAAAGGGAAAGACAUAGGAGGGCAGGUGGCCUAUUGCCUGUUGCUGAUACCCUUGGGAGUCUUCAAGUCUCUUAAAAUCUUUUUGUUUUUUGUUUGGUGGGAAAAAGUAAGAGGAGGAGGAGGGCCAUCUCUCUCUCUCUCAAGGCAACAAGCCAUUUGAGAUCUGCCACUUUGUCUCCAGGGGGGUUCAAUUAGAGGAAUGAUAAGGAGAUGGGGAGGAAAGGAAAUUGGUUUUCUUCAGUAAAGAAGGCUCUGAGCCCCAAGUCCAAGGAGAAGAAAGAACAGAACUCAGAUAAAUUAAAAGAGAAAUGGUCUGGAAAGCAAAAAUACCCGGAAUCCGAGUCUACCUCUUUUCAACCUGCCACAUUGCCACCUCUUCCUCAACCGGAAGAGGUGAAAUUGACCAAUGUGGAGAAUGAGCAGAAUAAUGAUGCUUACUCUGUUGCAGUUACCACCACUACUGCAGUGGCUGAGCCCGCAGUUUAUGUGGCUCCUGCAACUCAAGCGGUUGCGCAGGUCGUCAGACUCCCUACGAAUACUCAGUAUGCUGGAAAAUCAAGGGAGGAAGUGGCAGCAAUCAAGAUUCAAACGGCAUUUCGAGGAUACCUGGCGAGAAGAGCAUUGAGGGCUUUAAGAGGGCUGGUCAGGCUGAAGUUAUUGAUUGAGGGAUCUGUUGUUAAACGGCAAGCCACAAAUACCCUUCGAUGCAUGCAGACUCUAUCUCGUGUGCAAUCUCAGAUACGUUCCAGAAGGAUUAGGAUGUUGGAGGAGAAUCAGGCUCUCCAAAGGCAACUCCUACUAAAACAUGCAAAAGAGCUUGAGACUUUGCGGCUUGGGGAUGAAUGGGAUGAUAGCAUACAGUCAAAGGAGCAAGUUGAAGCAAACCUAUUAAGCAAGCACGAGGCAGCAAUGAGAAGGGAAAGAGCACUUGCCUAUGCAUUCUCGCAUCAGAAAAACGGGAAGAAUUCUACGAAAUCUGUAAACCCAAUGUUCAUGGAUCCAAGCAAUCCCACCUGGGGUUGGAGCUGGUUGGAAAGGUGGAUGGCUGCCCGGCCUUGGGAGAGUCGUGUCAUAAUGGAUAAAGAAAUGCAGGACGACCAUGCAUCAGUAAAGAGUGCAAGUCGCAGUAUUUCUGCUGGAGAAAUUAACAAGUCUUAUGCUCGCUACCUCCUCAAUUCUGAUAAGCAGUCGCCAACAGCCAGUGAAAAGCCAAGCCAUCCUGGAUUCCGGUCCCCUUCAACUCCUUCCAGGUCAGCUUCCAAAGUAGCUCGAAAGUUAAAGCCAGCUGCAAGCCCAAGGGGUAGUAGGGUGCCGGAUGAUGACACGAAAAGCAUGGUGAGUGUACAAUCAGCUCAGUUUAGGAGGCACAGCAUUGCUGGCUCAUCUGUGAGGGAUGAUGAGAGCCUUGAUAGUUCUCCAUCAAUUCCAAGUUACAUGGUACCAACUAAAUCUGCAAGAGCCAAGUCCAGGUUGCAAAGCCCGGCAGAGAAGAAUGGGAUCACUGAGAGGGACUUGCCCGAGUCUGCUAAGAAGCGGCUGUCCUUCCCAGCCUCCCCGGCUAGACCAAGGCGGCAUUCUGGUCCACCAAAGGUGGACAGCAGUCUAAUUACAGAAAACAAAGUGGCCAACAUUGGAGUGGAAAGCUAACUAUGUUCAGCAGCAGAAGAAGAGUGGAAAAAAUAAAGGUCUAUUCCAUCUGUGAAAUGAAUUGUUAAUUUCUUUAAUUUAUUAUUCCUCAAAAGUUGGCGGUGUGGGGUAAAAUUAGUCCCAGGGUUUUGCCAUGCUGCAAGCUAUGGGAAUUUGUUGUUCUUUAUUUAUAUUUGUUUAUUUGUAUCUUCUAUAAUUAUCAUUGUGACAACAUACCAGAACCCAAUUCAUAGAGAACUGAUAGUGUUCUGUUGAAUUUCUUGUUUUCUGGAAUUGGUGAGUAAUAUAUGUAAUUUAAUUUAUGGAUUAUUGUUUAUUUGGUGUUGGUCACUA